GAAGAGUUCCAAGAACGCGACAGCGGGUGGGCAUUGUCGCGAAUCCUCAAUUUGAUAGUGAAUGUGAACAAACUAAAUCCCAUGCGCGCGGGAUGUUACUUCGAAGUGCCGCGGGAAAUAGCGACGAAACGAGCGGUGAUCAACGUUAGUACGAUGGACAAUGCGUGCUUCGCGUGGUCGGUGGUCGCCGCUCUGUACCCGGCUGAAAGAAAUGUAACUCGAGAGUCAUCGUAUCCGCAUUAUACGACGGUGCUGAAUCUCGCGGGUAUCGAAUUUCCGAUAACGUUCAAAGACAUUUCUAAAUUCGAAAAUCUCAACAACAUAUCAAUCAACGUGUAUAGCAUCGAGAAUAAACAAGUUCUUCCUCUGCGGCUCACUAGUGACAAGAAGGACAAGCAUGUCAAUCUCCUGUACAUGCAAGAUUCAUGCAACGACAACAUUACACACUUUGCGUGGAUCAAGAAACUGUCGCGUCUCGUGAGCUCGCAACUAAGCAAAAAAAAGAACAAGAAAUAUUUCUGCGAUAGAUGCUUGCAUUACUUCAGCACGAAUGAGAAAUUGCAAUCACACACAAUGGACUGCCAGAAGAUAAACGAUUGCGCUAUUCGACUGCCGAGCGAGGAUGAAAAGUGGCUUGAAUUUGGGAACUUCUGCAACAAGGAGCGCGUUCCAUUCGUCGUCUACGCCGACCUGGAGUGCAUUUUACGGAAGACGGAACCCGACAGGGAAGAUGCGAUGAUGAAUUUGAAUUACUGA